CACUGCCGAGUCCCCUCCCCCAGGCAGGCCUGGGCCCCAGCUCGGUGGAUUCCACAUUCCUCGCGGGCCCUCCCUCCCUCCCCCCUUUCACAUGCAAACUCUGGCCCUGGCCGGCCGUGCGGGCCUCGGAGUCUCCUUUGAUCCCUCGAGCAGGGGUCAGCAGGGCCGGGAGGCCCCGCCCCGGGCCUGCUGGAGGGGCUCGGGGGAGACCGCCUUCGAGCCCGCGGGCCGGGGAUCUUUUGUGGCUGCGGCCCCGCCUGGCCCGGGGCCGCUCCAGCUGCGAGGCCUGAGCCUGGGGGCGCGGGGAGGGGCAGCUCCCGGGAGGAGCGCGCAGGAGUCGGCGCCAGGGUCGGCGAUGCAGCCCGCUGCCCAUGGCCGGCCCGGGCCGCCCUGAGCCGGCCAUGCUGCCCCGGGGGCGGGGACGAGGGCGGCUCAAGGCGCUGGCGACCGGCCUCCUGCUGCUGUUGCUACUGCUGUCGGGCCUCUACCUGCUAAGCGGGGCUCUGGCAUAUGGCCGACUGCUCCUGCCUUCGCCGUGCUCUGGGGCCGCCCUCCAGGGGCUGGGGGCUCAGGUUCGGGCCGUGGAGGAGGAGAACCGGCAGCUCCGGGAGGAGCUCCGGCGCCACGAGUCGCGGGGCUGGACGGCCUGUAGCCAGCCGCAGCCACCCGCCGUGCCCAAGUGCCAGCUCCUGCACGUUGCCAUCGUGUGUGCCGGGCACAACUCCAGCCGGGAUGUGGUCACUCUGGUCAAGUCCAUCCUCUUCCACAGGAAGAACCCUCUGCAUUUCCAUCUGGUCACCGACACCGUGGCCCGAAGCAUCUUGGAGACCCUGUUCAGCACUUGGAUGGUGCCCUCCGUCCUGGUUAGCUUCUACAAUGCUGAUGAGCUCAAGCCCGAAGUGGCCUGGAUCCCCAAUAAGCACUAUUCGGGCAUCUACGGGCUCCUGAAGCUGGCCCUGCUCCGGGCACUGCCCCCCACCCUGCCCCAAGUCAUCGUCCUGGACACCGACAUCACUUUUGCUUCCGACAUCGCCGACCUUUGGGCCGUCUUUGCCCGAUUCUCAGACAAGCAGGUGAUCGGGCUGGUGGAGAACCAGAGUGACUGGUACCUCGGGAACCUCUGGAAGAACCACCGGCCCUGGCCCGCCCUGGGCCGCGGCUUCAACACAGUGCCUUCCCCAGGGGUGAUCCUUCUGCAGCUGGAGAGGCUGAGGCAGGUGGGCUGGGAGCAGAUGUGGAGGCUGACGGCGGAGCGAGAGCUGCUGACCAUGCUGGCCACCUCUCUGGCGGACCAGGACAUCUUCAACGCCGUGAUCAAACAGCACCCGUGGCUGGUGCACCCCCUGCCCUGCUCCUGGAACGUGCAGCUCUCGGACCACACGCGAGCCGAGCGGUGCUACUCCGAGGCGUCGGACCUCAAGGUGAUUCACUGGAACUCCCCCAAGAAACUCGGGGUGAAGAAUAAACACGUGGACUUCUUCCGAAACCUCUACCUGACCUUCCUGGAGUACGACGGGAACCUGCUGCGGAGAGAACUGUUUGGCUGCGGCGGCGGCGAACCCCAGCCGGAGCCGGGCCAGACCAGACCGGCCACGGGGGAGCUAGAGGACGACGAGGCCUGCUACGAGUUCCGUCAGCAGCGGCUCACGGUGCACCGGGUGCACCUCACCUUCUUGCCCUUCGAGCCCCCCGCCCCCGACCCUCACGACGUCACCCUGGUAGCCCAGCUCUCCAUGGACCGGCUGCAGAUGUUGGAGGCCCUCUGCCGCCACUGGCCGGGCCCCAUGAGCCUGGCCCUGUACCUGUCCGACGCCGAGGCCCAGCAGUUCCUCCGCUUCGCUCAGGCCUCGGAGGUGCUGGCCGCCCGGAGGGACGUAGCCUACCAUAUCGUGUACCGAGAAGGGCCCCUGUACCCCGUCAACCUGCUGCGGAACGUGGCUCUGGGCCAGGCCCGCACGCCCUACGUCUUCCUCAGCGACAUCGACUUCUUGCCGGCCUUCUCCCUCUAUGACUACCUCAGGACCUCCAUUAAGGAGCUGGGCCUGGCCACCCGCAAAGCUGCUCUGGUGGUGCCGGCCUUUGAGACCCUUCGCUAUCGCCUGAACUUCCCCACCUCCAAGAAGGAGCUGCUGGCUCUGCUGGACGCCGGCUCCCUCUACACCUUCAGGUACCACGUCUGGCCCCGAGGGCACGAGCCCACCGACUACGCCCGCUGGAGGGAGGCCCAGGCGCCCUACCGCGUGGAGUGGGCGGCCGAUUACGAGCCCUACGUGGUGGUGGCCCGGGACUGCCCCCGCUACGACCCCCGCUUCGUGGGCUUUGGCUGGAACAAGGUGGCCCACAUCAUGGAGCUCGACGCGCAGGAGUACGAGUUCCUGGUCCUGCCCGAGGCCUUUGCCAUCCACCUGCCCCACGCUCCGAGCCUCGACAUCUCCCGCUUCCGGUCCAGCCCUGCAUACCGCCGGUGCCUCCAGGCCCUCAAGGAUGGAUUCCACCAGGACCUGUCCCGCCGCUAUGGCGCGGCUGCCCUCAAGUACCUCACGGCCCAGAGGCAGCGCUGAGAGGCCGGACCCUCGUCCUCCCCCCCGAGGCCUGGGCCUGUCCCAGGGUCUCUGAGUGACUGAAGGGCACCUAAGCGGCACGAUGGAACUGUGUGUCUGUCGCCUUUGGAGAAGGUGCCACGGUGGGGCUGGCCUCCCCGCUCUCUUUCGGACCUGUCAUUAAAGCAGCUUUUAUUCUUUCCUCUUUCCUAUCUUUUGAUCUCUUGGGGUCGGGGAGCUGAGUCACCAUGACUCGGGGCUCCUGGCACCCCCAUGCUGCCCUUUGGGGCCAAACCCCACAGCUCCCGUGGCUGCCUCCGAGGUCUCUCCAGGCCGGGCCUACCCGGCUCCUUCACCAUCUUCCUUUGCCCCUUGAAGAGGGGUGUCGGGGGCCCGGAGGACUAUGGCGGGGAGCCCCAAAGACUGGAGUUUCCUUGGCUUUCUCACCCCAAACCCCAACACAGGGAGGCCAACACCAGACUUCAUUUUGUUUUAUUCAUAAGGUGUAAAAAUAAACAAAUGUAUCGGCCGCCUUCUGCCCGCCCUCCCCCUCCACCAGCCACACACCUACAUGGGAUUCUACAGAGGCUGCCAUCACACGGGCUCCCGCGUCCGAGAAAGGGCCGAGGGAUGGACGAGCUGCUGCCCCCUCUGUGAGGACGAGGCUGGGGAAGGGGGCUGGGAGGAGGCGGCGAAGCCAGCAAUGGUGGGCUCCGAGCCGAGCCGGAGGAAGAAGAGCGGCCCUCCGUUUCCUCUGCCAGAGGAAGUGGCCGGAGGCGCCUUCUGGUCUCCCAGUGCCCGUCGGGGGAUGAUGCUCGAUGAAAGAAGGGAGGCGUCCGUGGCCCGCGAACCAGGGUCUCUGGGAGACCUUUCUAAAUGACAAAAGAGGAAAAGGGUCACCAAGGAUCCGCUCCCGCAGCCCCCCUCUGCCAGGAUUUGGGGGGGAAGCAUUCCCCUGCCACCUCUCCCCUGGCUUCCCCAGACCCUGAUUGCUGAGGCUGGGGCCUCGAGGAGCCGGCCUGUGUUCCCUCCGCCAGGAUUCCUGAAGACUCGGGGCCCAGCCUGGGGAGCCAGGUAGCUGAACGGCCUCGGUGGAGGCGGGCGCCUUGCCCCGGGUCCGGAGCCAAGGCACCGCAGACAGGCAGAGCGCCGAUGAAAUCUUGAGGAGAGCUGGGUGCUGCCGCAUCUUCUGGGGAGGCAAGCUGGGACAAACCAGCCUUGUGGGGGUGGGAAGGAGGGAGAGCAGGGGAGAGCGCAGCUGAGAGAACUCCAAGUCUGGGGCGGAAGCCAGAGAAGAGGAGAGGAGGCCUCUGGGAGGAAAGGUGACAUCAGCGGCUUGAGGCGGCUUAGGAGUCGCGCUGGGGCUUGUACGGGCACCUGGCAGCGGGCUCCCCUCCCAAGCCAAACCUGGCGUCUCUCCAGCUCUCCCCCCUUCCUUCCCCCUUCCCCUGGGAUGCUAGGAGAGAAGGUCGUGGUCAUCCUAAGCUAGGGGACCAGCCCGGCCAAGGGGCCGCCUCAGAGAGGCAGGCGGGGAGGGGGCUUCCGGAUUCUCCCUUCUCUCUCCUCACACCAGCUCGGUGUCCUAGGACCGAAGGGCAGCGCUGAGGGCUUCUCAUCCCUCACCGCCCUUGGGACCUGGGCAGGGCCUUCCUCGCCCACCCCAGCACUCACUUGGACGCGGCUCCACGGUUUCCAGCUACUUCCAGGGAACUAGAAGACUGGAUAGAAGUCCUGGAUAGUUGGAUGAGCUCAGACAAGUCCGUCUCGCCAGAGGGAUGGGGAGAGAGACCACAGCUGGUCUGGGAGCUUUCGCCAACUAUUUGGGGCAAGCCUGAGCUUCUCCUGGAGCUCCCUAGUUUCAAGGGAAGGGAGGGCCUGGGUCUCCAGGGGUCCUCCCGUCUUCCUUUCCCUGUCCCCCCUCCCCUCCCCGGAGCUGGCUGAGCCUCUAAUAGGGCACCGUGCCCGUCUGUCCUAGCCUGAGCCUCUAAACCUCCUCUUGGGCUUCUGGGGAGGAAGCAGGGGUUUGGGAUACGGAGGGUCACCCUAGCAACAGGAAGGGGGUGCGGUGGCCUCGGCCGUGACUUAAGGAUGCAGCUGUUGCCCAGAGCAGAUGGGGGUGGCACGGAGGGGGACACAUGCGCUGCCCCAUCUCCCUCCGGAAGCACAUGCAGUUGGCACGCAGCUCCAGGGGACCGAGGCUUCCCUUCCCCAAGGAGAUGCUCCGAGUGCCCCGAUUUCUCAGGAAGGGAAGAUGCUAGAACUAAGAAAGCAGAACAAAAUUACCUUCUGGCCAAGACGUGACAGAGAAGACGGUGGUGGAGAGUCCGUUCCUUUCCUUGAGCCAGCAGGGACGGGGUCUUUCUCAAAGAGCAGGUGGGCACGCUCUUCCCCCGGAUGCCCCCUUCUGCUCGGCACGUGGACCCAGGGCUGAGGAUGGGGUCUCCCAGGGGGCCCGUCCUACCUACCCUUUCAGGAGGCCCCUCCGAGGGCGCCGCUGCCCUCUCAGCCCUAGGGCCUCCAGGGCCCUUUGUGGAAGCCCUCCUCCAAGCGCCAGGGAGAGCAAGGCGCAGGGACCAAGUCACCAAGAGAAGGAUGCUCCUCUGGGAGGAGGGAAGCGAGGCGGGCAGGAGAGGUCGGUGUGUACCACAGCCUGGGGCUGGGGGGCCCUGACUGAUCUGCCUGGAAACACACCCAUAACAGAGGCCUUGUGAGCAGCAGAUGCUGUGCUAAAAAAUUAGAACUACACAGUCUUCUCCAGUUCUGACACCUUUUUAAUAGAAAUCACUGUUUUUAGGAAACAAAUAGCACUUGUGUAAAUUUUUUUUUACAAUGUUUCUUACCUUGAUCUUAAUUUAAGUAACACUAGGAAGACCUCAAUAGCUUUUAUUUUCCUUUUUAAUUUAAAAAAAAGUUGUUGUCGUUUUUUCCCCCAAGAUACAAAGAUUUUGCCCUUGCAUAAAAAAACAGUGCCCGAAACGAUGACACGAGGACUCACGACGACUCACAGUAUCUCACUGACACUAGGACCCCUAAUCUAUACCAUGCAAGGUCUCAUCUACCCCUUUAAUUGGACCGUCAGCCUGAAAAACAGCUUUUCUAUUCCUUAUUUUAGUUUUUGUUACAAAAAAAGUAAAAGAAACAUUAAAAAAAAGAAAAGAAAAAAAAAGAAAUGU